UAAAGAGCAUUCAAUGCACCUGCAUUGACCGUUUACCUGCAGUCCCCAUUUUACCGAUUCUUGAAGUUUCCGAUUACAAUUCAUCAAAUCAUCAAUGUCACAAAUCUCAUACCUUUCUCCGGUGUUACCAAAGCCCUCAUCUUUAUCCCCAAAUCAAUCAUUUUAAUUACACGAACCCCUUAAUUAGCGCCGCUAAUUAUGCACCAAUUUUGCCACAGUUCUUCGAUUAUGGUUUGAUCUCUCACUAUUCUCGUUUGAUUUGUUCAGAUUAUGAGUUGCAAACAAAACCCAUUAACGUGAUCUUGAAAUACACGAGAUUUGAGGAUAAACCCUAGUUCACGUUUGUGGGUUUUGUGAUUUGCGGUUAUUAAAGCUUUCUUUUUUUAUGUUGGUUUUUCGGUUAAUAUAUUGGGUUGAUUGUAGUUUUUGAUGUUAUUUGGUUAGGUAUAGUUGGGUUUGUUGGAUUAGUGUUAAGAGUGUUAGAGAUUUAGAUCUAGUAUCUUUGCACACCAACUGUUUGUGAAAAUGUCUAGGAGUGUUUUUGAUAGAGCCAUGGCUUCUUACAAGAAACCGCGAAUUAGGGAUGGUGCGGUUCGUAGGUUUCUUUCGGUAGUGUUUUUAACUCUGGCUGGUGUUCUUUUGUUGUUUUUUCUUGCUGGGAUGAAUUCGGGCGAUUCUAACGAGGAAAUCGAUAGAAGUAGUGAGUUUAGCGUUAACGUUACGGGUUUGAUCAAGAGUAUUAAGCUUCCUAAACAUAACCGUUUGUCGAAAAUGUUGGAGAAUAAGAACCAGUUGCCUCCGAGAAACAUGGAUUUGUAUCCGAAUCUAGCUAAAGACCGUAUAAUAAUCGUUCUUUAUGUUCACAAUCGGCCACAGUAUCUCAAACUAGUCGUGGAUAGCCUUUCUCGUGUGUCGGGUAUUGAUGAAACGUUGUUGAUCGUAAGUCACGAUGGGUAUUUUGAAGAAAUGAACAAGGUUGUUGAGGGGAUUCGGUUUUGUCAAGUGAAACAAAUAUUCGCCCCCUUUUCGCCUCAUAUAUUUCCCGAUAGUUUUCCCGGUGUAUCCCCUAACGAUUGCAAAGAUAAAGAUAGCGCGGUUGAGAAACACUGCGAAGGCACUACCGAUCAGUAUGGAAAUCAUCGGUCACCGAAGAUUGUGUCGUUGAAACACCAUUGGUGGUGGAUGAUGAACACGGUUUGGGACGGGUUAAAGGAGACAACGGGUCAUACGGGUGAUAUUCUUUUUAUAGAAGAAGAUCAUUUCAUUUUUCCAAACGCGUAUCGUAAUUUGAAGAUGUUAACGGAGUUGAAACCCAAAAAGUGUCCCGAUUGUUACGCUGCAAAUCUCGCUCCAAGUAACGUCAAAUCCCGAGGCGAAAACUGGGAUAGUUUGAUAGCGGAACGAAUGGGUAACGUGGGCUACACGUUUAACCGAACGGUUUGGAGGAAAAUACAUAGAAAAGCCAAGGAGUUUUGUUUCUUUGAUGAUUAUAACUGGGAUAUAACAAUGUGGGUGACGGUUUAUCCGUCGUUUGGUCGUCCGGUUUACUCUAUCCGUGGAUCUAGGGCUAGCGCGGUUCACUUUGGGAAAUGCGGGUUGCACCAGGGUCAAGGGGAAAACACCGCUUGUGUGGACAACGGUGUGGUGAACAUUGAAACCGAAGAGAUUGAUAAGGUAGUUAACAUUAAACCCGAGUGGGGUGUACACGUUAUAAGCAAUCAAGACGGGUAUCAAGCGGGAUUUCGAGGGUGGGGCGGGUGGGGAGAUAAGAGAGAUCAUCAAUUGUGUUUGGAUUUUGCUAGUAUGUACCAUGUGAGGAGUAAAACUUUUUGAAUAUUUUGUUGUAUGUAGUUAAAAACCGGACAUCAUUGAUACAUGUUAGAUUUGUGGUUUCUUGAAAUGGAAUAAGGUUUUGGUUC